AAGCGCGAGUCUGAAGAGUUUGCGUUACCUCUCAAGUGUCUCAUGGACAAUGUUUCGUCGAAGGUCAUACACGAUAUUAGUGGUCAGAAGAAGCUUGUCAGCUUCAAUCCAGUACAAGGAAGAAUUACCACUCAAACAGUUCGGGAUGAGGAGGAGUAUAUGGAGGUAUGAGUUAUAGAUUCCUUUUAUGUGUAUCUACAAUGAUUUUGACUAAGAACGCUCUCAUAAUAACAAGAAAUGAAAUGCUCAUAGUGAUCAGUUAUCUUUUGCAAAGGGCGUAGUGGCUUGUUGUUUUCUGUUUACUCGAACAGGUUGAUUUUACUGUAGUGUCGCUUCAACUAAAUAGUUUAACCAUCCUUUGUAACUCUUUAGUGCGUUGUUGAAAAGAUUAUCUAGUUGCUGUUCAGUGAUCCAUUUCAAUGAUAAAAGUUGACUCUUAGGAUUCAUGACAUAUUCUUUGUUCAGAGGCUUCCUGACGGGACAGAAUUUUUCGCUUAACUGGCUUCCGCUUCUAGAAACCGUGGAUCACUCCUCCUUCUGGUUGUUAACCUGUUUACAAGUUAAGAGAGAGAGAGAGGAAACAGUAGCGGUCAAAAUGCGACUAUUCAACUGGUUCUAAGCAGACCCCAUCUGCAUUUCAAACAAGUGUCAAGGCGGCGUUUAAAGAAUUCAGACGAAGUGGCAUGUACACUUCUGAGACUGCUGUUGCAGUAUUAUACGGCUUAUAUUGAUGUUCUUUGGCCCAUAGUAGUUGUGUGCUUAUCUGCGAAGUCAGAUUUUCUUCCAUCUCAAACAAACCAUUUGCUGAAAUCCUUUUCUUGUUGUUCGAGAACUCAUUACCUCCGUUCCGUAGGACUAUUUGUGAGUAUCAAGGUAUUUACAGUAUCCUGGUAUUGCAGUUGUGUAGCGAAAGUCGCUAGUACUUCGCUUUUCACUGCCGAAAAUCCUGAAGGGUGUAGGUUACGCAAGAAUUAGUAAUUGAAUAUAAUUCAGAGUAGAAAAUGCCUUCACAACAUACCUCGCUACGCUCAAAUAGAAUGAAUUGGCUACUGGCAAACAAGCUUAUUGUAUCUGCGUGAAGAUUCCGCCAAUUCUUAGUCCGUAAGAACUACCACAAACAUACGAAUACAUUGUCGAAGGGCCAGGAAGUAGCUCCACUCCAUGAAGUCUUCGACUAUUGGAAAUAUAAGCCUAAAUGAGGUCAACUAGUCAACGGGAAAUAAGGGUGGGAGGAUUGUACGUGAUAUUGUUCAAAGUUGAUGGCUGUUUUAACGAUCCGUUGUUAAUUGUUAAAUUGAAUUUCAUUAUUUUCUCUGAUUAUAUAUCUUUUGUUUCGAGACUUUCCAUGAACUUUGCUUGCAUUUUGAUAACCUUCCCCAUGACUAUUGUUUGUAUUCGUUUCUCGCACUGUACUGCCUUGUAUCUUGACAUGCUAAUCUGGGUUGUGGCAACCUCAACUGUUAUAUAGUAAUACCAGGUAUGUUUAUAGUGCCCACGCGUAUGAAUUUUAAUAUUAAUGCGCUACCGGUGUUAUCAAAUUUCGAUUUGUUGUCGUAAUCACCACAUAACUUCACAUUAUUCUUUCAGCACCUAGGGAAAAUAAUACAACGGGAUUUUUUUCCCGAUCUGUUGCCGGAUGAAGUUAAAACAGUUGAGACUCAUGACAGUGAUGAACCUAAAGGUCGAAGUACACUCAAUAUUGAUUCUCACAACCCUGAAAAAAGUAGACAACGAGUCGGAAAAUAAUUUGAAGACUUUAGGUGAUCCAACUGCUAUGCCAUUGGACAAAUACAUGGCUAACAAUACUACGGAAGAUGAUGCAUCCUUCGCUGAGUUAAUUGAGGAAAGUGAAAAGAAACAAAGAAUCAAAUUAACGCCCUUUUUCCCUUCUCUUCAGUGUGCUACACCCGUAAGUUCAUUUGGAGUCUGUCAGUUUAUUAAACAGGUCCCCUUAGAUGGUCCAAAACCUUUGGCACUCCCGGGUGCAACGAAUGUUGUUGGACCUAGAAUUACAAUUACAGGGAAUAAUGCCGUCCAUUUUAACCCUGACGGUGUAUCCCAAACCAAAGAAGAAUUACUAGAAUUUUUAUCAAAGGAGCGUAAAAUUGUGCCAGCUAAUACCCGUUUCAAAAGACCUUUUUCUGUAAGCUUAGAAAAAAAGCGUACAGUCAAACAUUUACUGGCAGCGAAACUGGGACGCGUUGGUGUUAAUGGUUUAGAAAUGAACUCACCAUAUGGAACUCCUCAGGCUUCUGGUUAUAAAUUCCUUGAUUCUUCACCUUCACCGUUGACAAUGUUUCCUCAUACUCCUUUGAUGACUUGGGGUGAAUUGGAUUCUACACCUUUUCGACUAGAUGACAAUGAAAUGACACCUUCAGUUGUGUCCGGUGGUCCAACUUUCCGUAUCCCAUCUCCUUCACAACGUGAACAACUUGCACAUCAACUAGCAGACAAAGCUAGUCGUCAGCGUGUACGUGGUCGUUUAGAAGCAGUAAAACGAAUGCAGUCAGCAGCAUCGAGUCCAUCGCGAUCCCUAUUAUCACCUGCUGCUCUCCGUUUACUUACCUCAAGUUCCUCAUUUAUUAAUCAUGAAAUAAACAGUCGACCUUCAACUGGCACUGGUCGUGUUGGUGGACAAACUAAUUCUCCUUUCCCUAAAGUCAAUACUCCUAGACGAGUUCCUUCGGAUGUGGGUGUUGUUAGGCAUCCAAACUCAGCACGUUCAACUCCUCAUCGUCAAUUUGCAAACGCCAACAAUUCUCAAAAGAAAGUCCUUCAUGAAAGUGAUGAUGAGCGGGUUAACAAGUCAGAAACUUCUUCAUCAAUUACAGACAAUUUACUCAACCUAAAAUCCUCUCAAAAUCUGUAAUGCUAUGUUAUUAUUGAACCGAAAUGUCGUGUAAAUAUACUUUCUUUCCAUUU